ACAUAGAAAGGGGCAUUGGGCUUCAUUGUGGCGGGAAAAUGUCCGUACACUCUUUCCCUCUUCUAUGUAUGCCCUAAACUCGCAUUCAGAGCCCUUUCAAAUAUCUCUCUCUCUCUCUCUCUGGCGAUAAAUUGCGUGCCCUAAGAUGUAUACAGUCACUGUCUACGAUCGCUUGUCUUAGGAUUGUAAUCUGCCUUGCUGCGGAUUCUAGGGUUUCUUAACCGUAGAAGCAGCGCUCUGUUUCUAGGAAUCUGGAGAUCGUCAAUCAGUGACGUGUUCGAGCUGUGAAGAACGAUCGGUUUUGCUAGGCCGGAUUGGGGGCUUGUGGAGGGGAACGGAUCGGUCUUGAAUUGUUUUUCCUUUCGGCGAAAAUGGCUGAUGCGCUCGAGGAGGAAGCUGAGCCCACGAUUUCGAUUCAGGAGUACCUCAAGGGCGUUGAGGAACAGGAAUUGGAAGCCGACUUGGUUUUGGGUGGUGAUGAGGGGAAAGAGUGCACCUAUACCAAUGGUUAUAUGAAGAGGCAGGCAAUUUUCUCCUGCUUGACCUGCAUCCCAGAUGGGAAUGCUGGGAUUUGCACUGCAUGUAGCUUGUCUUGUCAUGAUGGCCAUGAGAUUUUGGAAUUGUGGACGAAGAGGAACUUCAGGUGUGACUGUGGAAACUCUAAAUUUGGGGAGUUCUUCUGCAAGCUUCUCCCAAACAAAGAUGUAGAAAAUCUGGAGAAUGCAUAUAACCACAACUUCAAAGGUGUCUAUUGCACCUGUGAUCGCCCCUACCCUGAUCCAGAAGCUGAAGAACAAGUAGAGAUGAUUCAAUGCUGUAUCUGUGAGGACUGGUUUCAUGAAGAGCAUAUUGGUCUCAUGUCAUCUGAUGAGAUGCCAAGAGAUGAGGAAGGGGAGCCUUUAUAUGAGGAUUUUAUUUGCCAGAUCUGCUCAGCAGUUUGUUCUUUCUUGACGCUUUAUCCUCAAACUAUUUGGGCUGGUAAUGCUACCCUUACAAAUGCUUCCAAAGGAAAAGAUGUGAUGGAAGAUACUCCUGCAGCUUGUGGACCCUUUGAGAAGCUUGAGAGUGGAACUUGUUCUUCUGAGACUUGCAAAGUUGAUCAUGCCCUGGCUACUAAUUCUAAUCUCUUAUCUGUUGGGAAUGGUGUUCUUGUUGGGGAGAACUCUGAUAAAAGUACGGAUCAAAAUCAAUGUAUCCAGGGUGCUGGUCUAAGUAGCGGAUGUCUUCUAGGAAUUGAUCUGGCUGUAGCUCCACCUGUUCUAGAGAAGAGCAAGCCAAUGUUUCUUUCUAAAAACUGGAGAGAAGUCCUGUGCAAUUGUGAAAAAUGUGCAAACUACUACUCCCAAAAGGGCAUCAGAUUCUUGCUUGACAAGGAGGACUCAAUUGCGGAGUAUGAAAAAGUGGCAAAGCAGAAGAGGGAUGAGAAGCUGCAGCAACAGGACGGCGUUGACCUAAAUUUUCUCUCUAAUCUUGGUCAUGUGGAGAAAAUAGAAAUCCUGAGUGGCAUUGCUGACAUGAAGAAUGAGAUUCAUGCUUUCUUGGAGUCAUUUGACGCUUCAAAGCCGAUCACUUCUGCAGAUGUCCACCAGGUGUUUGAGAAUCUUGCCAGGAAACGCAAGCGAAUGCAGUAAGUUAUCCCAGGAUCUUUCCUUUGAUUACCGGUGGCACUCAUUGAACUUACUCUUUCUUAUUUAUGGAGACGGUAGAGGUUCAGAAAUACCCCAAAAGCGUGGUUUAGGUUCUGUAAUUACUAAUUAGUAUGAGGGUGGUUUUGGAUUGCUGUACUGGUAUGGAUAGUUGCAAUUUGGAAUUAUGCAUCUAUUAGCAUCAACAAUCUUACUGGGCUUGUGUGCUAUUCAACAGUGCUGGUUGAACUUUUUGAUGGGUUUGUGUAGCAAUCCAGUAGAGUUAAGGUUGCCUCUUGUUUUA